CACGGGUUUCGAAUCCGGGACAAAACAAAACGACUACCGAACUAACAGCAGACAACCGGCGUCUGCGGCAGCAACAGUAACGUACACCCGCGCGAGUACGUCGUACACACUUGGUACGCACCGGAUCGUAAAUAAAAACCAUAAUACACUCGCAAUUCCGCCGCGUUCUAUAUUUAAUUAUUUCGUAUCCGAUAUUUUCAACGUUACCACCAAUACCCGUUCGUUCGGCAUCGUCAUCAUGUUCGUCAAACUCGUCGCCGUGCUCUGGAUCGCCGGUAAGUGACUGAACCGUUGCUGUUGUUAUUAUAGUGGGUGAGGGGGACGCAAGGGGGGGACUCCGUACCUCAAUUCAUUUUUCCGAAAUUUCAGCGUGCCUCUACUAUUUUAAACGGAACGCACGGGACGGUACGCGGUUUUGUAUUUUUAUCAACACGAAUUAUCGUAUUCAUAGUUAAUCAAUGACAGUAGAAUCUAAAAUAAAUGUAUAUUUAUGCGAAAACUUAGCCUGCAGUAGCGCUCUUAGUUAUAUGAUUUGUUCUUUCUUAUAAAUUAUUAACCGCUGAAAUGUGUUUAAAAAUUUGUGUGCGAGCGAUGAUGUUCCUCCACGGAUUGUGUAGUAUUACGUCGAGUUGAAUAAUAGCAAGAGACGAUAAAAUUGUUUUUUUUUUUUCAAGUCUUUUAGUCCCUCUUCUUUUAUUUUUUCCUAUUCGAGCACUGUGUUAUACGCACGUACGUACCAAGUUAUACACAGGUAGUUUUGUUGAAACGACGACCUUUUCGUGCAGUUAUAUCGGUACAAAAAAUUCGCACCCCACAACGAUAACGUAUUGUUAACACUUCACCUACGUCGCGGUCGCCUUCGUAUUUUUUUUACUUAAACCAGUUUUAUUGCUGGACAAUAUAAUGAUACGUAGUUUUCGACGUGCUCUCGUUUUCGAGGAAAUAGUAUCAGCAUGUACCUUCUAGACGGAGUUUUCGAUUGUUAAUAUAUGCUGUUGCAGUGGCGUGAGUCGGGUCUGACAUAAUGAAAAACAUAUGUUUUUUUUUCGCAAACAUAAACUAUUACCGACAUCUUGCAUUGUUUUGCAAAAUCGCUAACGCAAACGAAAUUAUAUUUCAAUUCGAAUUCAUUAAGGUUUUUGUGUUAAUUUUUACUAUAAAAGAAAAAAAACGAUAUUUGUUGGCGAUAAUUUGUUCGUAUAGACUUCUCAAAACAUAAUCUUUCGAAAAAGGCCUAAUGACCGGCAGAUACCUACAUAGAAAAACAAUGAAAUAAUUAGAAAUGUUACGAGUAUAAACUCGCUGAUACUUUAAUUCAGAUUAGGUAGAUUCGUUCUUACAAGCUAAAAUAUUUAGUUUCGUCAUAAAAUUAAAAACGGUUUUUUGAUACGAAUCUAAAAACGGGUCAUGAAGAGUAUGUGGGCCAUAGGUAUAUUGAGUUAUUUGGCAUAGUUUUUGUCACGUUUCAAUCGUCUCAGCAUAACACUAUGAAGUAUCCUACUAAGGAACCAUUUUAAAUAUUUCAAAAUGUUUUCUCCUUUUUUUUUUUCCCGCUAUUAUUGAAAGAUGAUCCUGAAUAGAUAUAAGUGUUCGAAUAAUUAAACGUUUACCUAUCGAGGUUCUUCCAAAGAGAGAUCAUUUUCACCUUUCCUUUACGGUAGUUAGCGAUUCGCUGGACAUCAAAUAGUAACUAUUGAGAACCUGAAAAAUCAUAUUCUCAUUAAAACAGGCUGGUAUACACCAGUCCGUUUUAAUUUGCCCUUAUAAGUAGAGAUGAUAUUAAAUAACUGUAGUGGAAAAUUUUUCGAUGCACAAUAUUAUGUAGGUAUUUUAUUUCUCCUAAAAAGUGUUUUUCGAUAGAAAACGAAAUAUUAUCAUGCGAAAAUUCCACUGUUGUUUUAUAAUAUUUGAUUAAGUAUAUUAUACUUAACUAUUAUUUCGCUGUACGUUCGGUUUCUAAAAUAAUUAAUUUAUUACAUUUCUAUACUAUACUACGAUUUUAACGGAAAACCGAACAUCCGUUAUUAUUACUAUAAUCACUAACCAGACAUUACCUAUACGAUAUUAUACACGCGAAUAAUAAUAUACCUAUAAACUAUAACCGUGUAUAAUUCACGAGAGCGCGAUGAACUCUCGGAUUACAGAUGGUGCGUGGUACGGCCGUGUGAUGUAAUAUAAUAAUAUAUUUUCGAUUUCAAAUAAUAAUAAAACAAACAACUAUUAAAAAUGCAUAUUGUACUGCAUAAGUAUAAUAGAAAACCAUGACGAAGAUGAUGGUUGCUAUUAAAUAUUAUGAAAAUUAAAAGUUAAUGCAACUAUUAUAAAUACAUUAAGAUUUAAAUGUGAAACUUCCGUGAUGUUAAAUGAUACAAAACAUUCCGAUUCUAAUGCGCAGGUACAUUAGAGAGGUAGGGGAGACUCAGGAUGUCAAAAUUGUAAUUUUAAUAUAAGCAGGGUUUGGAAGUUCAAGUACUUACAAUUAACAAAAAAUUGUUAAAAAACUUAAUUAUAUGUCCUUAAAAAUAUUUAAAAAAAAAAAAAAAUUCUAGUACAAAACAUUUUUUUUUAGACAAUCGUAUUAAAAAAAACCCUCUUUCAAAUUGUAUGGUUAAACUUUUAACACAACAUUAAUUUCCAUUGCAUUCUACUAGAUUUAAUGCUAAGCCAAAACCUAAUAAGCAAAUGCUAUAAGUCCUGACCCAUGGUAUAAUAAGUAUAUUAUAAUAUUUGCGUAUUUUGAAUUUGGAGCGUGGUGGUUGAUGAGAUUUAGAGCAACUUUAUAUCUCUAUAUGUGAUUUGCAUCGCGGGAACAAUUUUAAAUAAGGUUAAGUAGCGAAAUUUGAACUUGCACAAAGCGUUUUAACGUCUAAUUGUUUCCGAGGGCAAAAUUAAAGAACCGUAUCGAAAAAUAUUCGUUUUUGAAAAAUCAGCAUGCACAGUAGACAUUAUAAUAUAAUGUCAUAUUUAUUAUUUUAGUUAUUUCAACGAUAUGUCGAUUUGGCGGAAAACGCCAACAUUAAUAUUAUUGUUCGAGAAUAUGUCUGCGGGCUGCGGCAUAGUAUAAUAUUUAGAUUAAAAUAAAUCGUGUUAGCCAGUGUCAUAACUAUUUAAUUUAUAUCUGUAAGUAACGAUAAGCCAUUGCUAACGAAAAACGAUUCUAAGCCAAAUUCGUUUAUAGAUUAUUUGAACGAUAUUUAUGAUUUUCGUCAAAACUUGAUCUUAAAACUAUUAUAAAAAAAAAUUACUACAUUACACUCAACUGUUUUUCUUUGGUUACUAAGUACAAAUUAUAAUGAGCUUCGUAUUAAAUUUUCAAGCAUUUCCGUUCGGUUAAACAAUUAUAUCAACAUGGUACUUACACGGAAUAAAAACUAUUUAAAAUACUAGAAAAAAAGUGGUGCCUAUAAAUAGCUUAAAAAUCACCAAUUUGUUAUACCACGUUUAGAAAUGGUAAAUUUAAUUUUAACAUUUCAAAACGCAAUGAAUAUUUGUAAUUGAAUUACACAAAAUAGUGAAAUUUUAUUUAACGGGAACAUUAUUUUCGUAAACUUUCCCGUUCUUCUACGUUUUAUUCUGGUUUCGCUUAAUUAUUAAGAAAACCAUACUGAAAAUAAAAAACUACUUUCUUACACAGACUUAGCCCAUUCGGCUCUCGUAUUACAAAAAGAAAAUUCCCAAACGGCUCCGGUUUUUUACAACACAAAUCUAUUCACAAAUGUACAAAAUGUGCCAUAUCCAUAUCGCAUAUCCGGUUAAAUUUUAUAAAUAAAAUUAGUAAAAGUCGAUAAAUUAGAUAAAAUUCGUUUAGCAAUAAUUCAUAUAUACCUAGGCAUACAAUGUUUGAAACGUAAAAUUCAAACUCCAAUAAUAGAUCCAAUAGAACACGUUAUCGCAAAAAGUAAGAUGACACGAAUGUUUUCUGCGUCGCAUCUGUACUUUAUUACGAGAAAUGUACUUGUCGUAGUACCGAAUACCGGAGUUGUUUGGGAAUUUACAGUAGGUAAAUUUUUUCGUGUAAAUUUUUUCGACGGGAGUCGUUUGGGUUGUACCGACUAGAUUCAAAAUUCAACAAAAACGGUCCCUUGAUAUUUUUAUUGGAUUAAUAUUUUUAGUAAAAAACAUAAUCCGACUACGCAUUUUUAAAUAAUGAAAUCUUAAUGCCAUUAAGUGGCAGUAACUAACACGUGUUAUUAUUAUUAUUAUUAAUUAUUGUACCCGUGUUAUUAAACUAUAAUAUUAUUGUAAUACACGUAAUAAUUAUGAUAUUGUUCAAUGUAUACUCACUUAAAACCCUAUACUUAAAAUAAUAUUACGGCCAAACGUUAAUAAAAUAAUAAUAAACUAAAAAAAAAAAUCACCGUCGUUUUUAAUAAAAUAAAAUUAUAAUGGCAUGGUAAAUAAAUAUUUAACGCCCCGCAUUACCGUUAGGUAGAUACACUGGCACUCUAUUUUUUUUUUUUUUUUUAUUAUUAUUAUUAUCUAAACGUACUUUCGAAUCUGUUUUUGUUCCGAGUCGAUCAAUUUAUGAUAUUUUAUAUACGUAUCUAAAUCAAUACAAUGUUACCAGCUAUAAACAUUGACAUUAAUGUGACACACGCGGGCGUUUAAUAUAAAAUCCGUAUAUUUCUAGAAUAAUAUCGCCCAAUAAGAGAUUUUUUUUUUUUUAACUAUCUAGCUGUAAAAAAAAAAAAAAAACAAAAUUAAAACCACAAUGCGUAUAAAUAUAAGUAUCGCGAUGGGAUCAGGUUAUUAUUAAUGAUACAAGGUACAAAAAUAUUAUAAGACGACCGCCCGGCGAUUGUUAACACCUGUUUUAUAAUCAUUCAUAACUUCGCUGCGCGUCGUUAAAUUAAUAAUAAAAUAUUUAUUAUGAGAUAAAAAAUAACAAUUAUUAUAAUUAUAUUUAAAUCAUUUGAUUAUCAACCUUAACCCAGUAACAACGAUUGUGGCCGAAUAAAUAUCUCGUUCAUUAGAAUUAGUUUUAAUUUUUUUUCCUUCAAUGCACUUGUUUUUUUUCCAAUUCGUUUUAUCUACGAGUAUCAGUACACCUAUAAUAUUAUGUUUUCUUUAGACCCAGGCAAAGUUUGAAAAUUAUUAAACGUGCACCGACUGCAAUACGAUUGUUUUUAUUUCUUUUACGCAUUAAUCUAAAAAAAAAAGUCUUAUUGCAGGUACAAUGUACAUCCAACACAAUAUACGAAAUUAAUAGUGUAUUUGUCAACUCAAAACAAGCGAUAUAAUAAUAGUAGACUGUAUAGAGGGAAAUAAACGAGUUUUUCACUCCCUUCCCAAAAAAAAAAACAAAAUGACGUUAAUGAAUCAUAUUAUAUUAUUAUUAUUUAUAAAAUGCGUAUUUGCGUAAAAAAUAAUAAAAAAAAACCGCGCGAAAAAUUGUUUAAUCAAAACACGCGGGAUUGUGUAAAAUUCGGUUCACUUCAAUUAGCAAAAUAUAAAAAAUUGUUUGUGAAUUUAGUUGUUUCCGGCUGUUAGUGUGUACUCUUUGAAUGUUUUUUUUUUUAUUAUUGUUCGAUAAAUUCGUUUGUUACGUUUUAUCGGAUGAUAAAUAUCCCACUAUAUACAUAUAUUAUUAUAUCAUCCGAAAAAAAAAAAGCAAAAAUAUUUAUAAUAAAUAUUGCGCGAGGACGUUUCGAAACGUUAUAAUAUUGUUAAUGUACAAUAAUAAUAGAAUAUGUAAUAGGUUUGGUAGGAAAGAAUAGUGAACAAAAAAUGCACAUUGCGUGCACAGGGAAAAAAAAUGGACCGCAAUAAUAUCAUUAUUAUUACGAAAUUCGCUCGCAAUUUUCCCGAUUAUCUUUCGUUCGCCCUGCACAAUCGUAAAACUGCACAUGUCCGACGUGCUGGCCGCUGUACACAGUGAUAAACGGUGGAAAAUAUUGGCACGAGGACAGCAUUCGUCCCGCACGCGCGCCCGUAGAUUUACCUGCAUUUUUUUUUUUUUAUUAUUAUUCAUUUUUUUUUUUUUUUUUGCGCCCGUUUACUUCACGAGACGUGUACCCGUACGCCUAUUUUAUCUAUUAUUAUUAUUAUUUUUACCACCGGCUAUACCCCUAAGGUACUUGCGAUAUCGUCAAAGUCGUUAUAAUACGUAUAUUAUAAUAAAAUAAUAAUAUUACGAGUACUGUACACUCCGUUAGAGCGUACCUAUAUAAUUAUAAAACGCCGCCGUCGCCGCUGUAGGGAACAACCGGUUAAAUUUCCGGCAGGUUUCUAAUAUUGUUUAUUUGUGUGGUGAUUUUUCUACCCGGCUUCCGCCCUUUCUUCGAGUAUCGGAAAUAUUAAAAAAUACGAAACAUUUUAUCAUCACGAUAAUAUACUAUUAUAAUAUUAUGUUGGUCUGCGCCUACAUAAAAAGUGAGUCUGGGACUGUGAAUAUUAUUAUAAUUUAUAAUAAUAUGGUCGUCCUGCUGUCAGUAUACAAUUGGAUAAUAUCGUUUCUGAAUAUUUAUAAUAUUAUGUAAAGACGUAAAAACAAACGAUAUAGUGUAAAUAAGGAAUAUAAUGUUAUGCGAAACGGGAGGUUAACGAGUCCGGGUGUAUAUAUCAUACGAGGACGGCGAUGGCUGGUUUUUACUUUUUAAUUUUUCUUCCGCCCGAUUUCGGCCGUUCCACGUAUUCGUAUAAAGUUCUCGGUCGAACUGCAUAUGCAAAUAAACCGUGUUUUUUUCUAAUUUUUGUUAUCAUCCUUUUCGCGAAAUAUUUUUAACAUGGCUUGCACGAACACAUACGGAGAUUUUUCAAUUCGAUAAGCGUACUCAAGGAAGAGGUUUUACUCACUCAUAACCUUUUCCCCUUCAAUAUUUACUUUUGACAAAAAAAUAACCUAAAUGAUAAAAAUGUUUAAAAGUUAGUCUUUUCCCUCCUCAUCAGAGGCGUAUUUUUGCCAAGGAGGGAGACAACGUUGAAAAUUGCGUCAUAUUGUAUAACUUGUAGGCUAAAAAUAAGAUCAAUUCUUAAUAUAUAUAUUUUUGUAAUUAAUGUUUAUAAUUCAUACGAAUCAUUCUGUCUUGAAAUUAUCAUUGAAAUAAAAUGACUAAGCAUUAUAGUAUAUAUAAUUACAAAUAGUUUAUUUAACAUAUAUAAUUAGUAAUUACUAUUCGAAACUUCUUAUUAAUUGUAUAGUAGGUAAAUCGGAUAAGUUUCGUUCUAAACACAAGAACGAAUAGAUUUGGGUUUUUUGAUGUAAUCAUCAAGGUAUACAUACGUAGGUACCAUUUUUUGUUUUUUUUUUUUUUUAAAUCUAGAGUUGCAACGUAUCUACCUAUAUUUAAAUUAUUUGUAUAGAUUUUUGAGUUAAAUAUAAUAAUAAAUAAAACAUGUUGCGUUCUCGAUCAAUGUAUCCAAUAAAGUAUACCUAUAAACAAAUAGUACUUAUUAUUUAUUUGCACAUAUCCACUUGACAGUCAAAUAAUUGUUUUAAACAUAUUUUUUUUUAACUUAAUAAUAAUAUAAAACGAAAACAUAAUAGAAAUGAAAGUAUAUUUAUUGCGGAAUUGGAAAUGAUGGAUGUAAUAAUAUGAUGGGAUCAUCACGACAAUAUUUGUAUAGAUUAUUAUUGACAAUAAAUAACAAAUAAUCUCAAAAUCUGAUUUUAGCUCGUAGGUGACAGAACAAUAAUAUUGGAUAAGAUUAAAUUGAUUUCUUUAUUUUAAAUUAAGUAUUUACCCAUGUAUUGUAUAUAUAGGUAACUAAAAUAACUCCUGGGCCUUCACACCAGUUUUUCUCGGUGAGACUUAGUAAUCUAUUGAUUUUAAAUUAAAAAAAUAUAUUAUAGGUAUAUUUUAUCCUUUGCGUUUUUUUAUUGAAAAAUUUAAAUAUUACUGAUGCUAAACUAGUACUCGUCUCAUCUCUCAAGUAAUAGAAAAAAUAACAGAAUCUAAAACACUUACUCAUAUUGUACCAUGUCACUUUCGUUUCUUUUUUACCCGUGGUAUAUAGCCAUAGAAUGGCAAGUUUCCAUUAAAUGUUGCCAAUGUUUUAGUAAAAUUCUAAAAAAAAAAACCUAAAUCAUUUAAAUAUAACACAAUAUUUCCUCAAGUAAAAUGUACAAGUAAAUUUAGGAAAUCGUGUCUACAGUCUAUAUUAUAACUUACAAUAUCGUUGUAGAAAUAGUUUAUCAAACUCUGGCUUGCACGCCUAUUCAAAAUAUAAUAAUACAAAUACAAUCAUAUUAUUAUUGUCCAAAACAUGUUUUAAUCUUCUAUAAUGUAACUCCAUUUAAUCGUAAUUACACGACAAUUAUAAUAUUAUUUUAAUUUUGAAAUUUUUAUAAAGCACUAAGGUCUUAACAGAGCAAUAUAUAGCGCCAAUAAUGUAUUAUGUACCAAAAAAUAGCUCUAAAUAUAUACAAAAUGAUAAAAAAAUUAAAACAUAAAAAUAUUGUUUAAACUAAAUGUCCUUUUUCUCUUUUUGUACCAACUCUUCUCAAAAUUCUACCAAAUUCUGAUGUAAUAAUCAAAUUACAGCUGAAUACAAAGAAAUACUAUACCAAUUAGCAAUACAAAAAUAAAACAUACAAAUCGUACAAACAAUUCAAAUGGUAGAUGUAUUGUAUAAUUAUUAAAUUGAACAAUACAAUAGUCAACAAUAAAAAAUAUUAGUUUGCUAAUUAAUAAAAAAAAAAAUACAACUGUGUAAAUGUUAAGUAGAUAUAGGUAUUACCUAUAGCUAUAGAUAUUUAUGAUGGGUUAAGCAAGAUUGUGAGAUUGAAUAAGUAGUAAAACAAUUUAUUACACUCUACAAUAAUCAAUAUGGUAGGUACCUACCUAUAUAAGUCUCAUUCCGGCAAAACACAAAUCAAGUUUACUUUAAGUACGUGAAUUCAUUUCUGUAUAAUAUAAUUAGAUAUUUUAAAUCAGAGAUUCCCUACAAUAUUUUAAUAUGUAGUUCAAACUAUUUUCUGGUAAAUUAUAAUACACGGGCAAACUUUUUGUUCAAAUAAUUAACGAUUGUACAAAAUAAUAUUGUAAAUAUUUUAUGUAUUUAUUAAAAAUCUUUUGAUAUAAUAACACUGAUAUGACGAGAACCAUAAUUAAAACAUUUAUUAUCUUUUUUGCACAUUAUUAUGUAAUAUGCCUAACCUAACCUAACGUAAUCUGUGUAACAUUUUUUUAUAAUAUUAUCAAUCAAAUUUUUAGAUAAAUAAAUAAAAACAACAACCAUAAUAAGUAAAUAGAUAUUAUAGUAUGCACAUUAAUUAAAAUAAUGUUAAAUCAAAUCGCACGAAACAUACAUUUCUUGGAUUAACAAGGUAGACAAAUGUUUCAUCGUGGAAAAUGUUCUCAAUUGGAAAUUUUGAACCUCGCAUAAUCCUUUAAAAUACUAUUUAUACACAUUUGCGUGUAUUACCACACAUAGACAAAACUUAUGUCAGUGUCACCUUUCAUCAUUUUUGGUAAAACUCGUAAUUACACAUUUGUGUACAGGAAUAAUUAUCAAUUACAAAAAAAUAGUGAUGGAUUCUUUUUUUUAAACUUAUUAUCUUCGUUAGUUCUAUAAAUAUACAUAUAAAGAUUUGUAUCAUAAUAAUACAUCACGCAUGAAGUAAUGUAUUUAGAUGGGAUGAACCAUGAUAACGGUAUGUUUUAAACCGUCCAAAAUUAUUAUCAUUAUUUUCGUUGUUAAUUUAUUUGAGUAUAUUAUAGAAGCUAAUAACCAAAGUGUACUCGAUAAAAUCAGUUUCAAAUAAAUAAUAAUUACAAAUAUAUAAGUAAAUAUUUCAUGGGUUAAUCAAUAAAAUGGUAUAAUACAGCUUUCAGUUUGCCAUUGUUUCCAGGCUUCCCGUUUACUCGUAAUAGAGUCGGCUCUCUAGCAGUGCUUGGCCUGGAUACUCUAGCUACUUUUUUAAUAGUCUUUAUAUUACCGCAGGUACCCCACUGCAAUCCUUGCAAUCCACGGUCUCCUAAGAAGAAUUAAUAUAAAAUCAUUAAACACGUAUUAUAAUAAAACAAAAUAAUAUAAUUGUUUAGGUAUAAUUUGUCUUACUCGUCAUAAAAUCGUCAAUUUGUUUUUCAAUUUUGAAGUUGAUAAAGGGCACGACAAAUACUAAUCAUAAGCGCAUUAAACACAUUCGUCAAACAUAGAACAAACGAGAUAAUAGCAUGUUGUUCAAUAAUAAUACUAUAAUAGGUCAGUAGUUACUGGUUACCUGGAUUUAUAGAUAAUGAAUGGUUAUCAUUGAUGACUACUUAUCAGUUAUCACGUAUCAGUUAUGAGAUGUCAAUAUAUUUUGUAAAUAUUAGAACAUUUUGUAAGGUAUUCAACACAAAAAUUUAAGUUGAACAAUUUUAUAAAAAUAUGUAUGAUUAAAUAACAACCCGUACUAUGCAUUCCCUUUUAAAGUAGACGUACGCUAAAAUAUCCAAAAAAUUAAUUGAGGUAUUCAGUUCUCCCCCCCCCUUCCUAAAUCAAGCAUUACAGUAUCUAGUUAAGUUGUUUUUUUAAUUAUGAGAUUAAUACAAACAAACGGAAAAUACGAAUAACAAUUUAAUAUUUAUCUAAUUAUUACGUACAUAUUUUUGAUUUUAACAUUCCUGUUCGCCAUCCACACAGCUUAUUAUUGCAGUUUCUGACGAUAUCCUAAAUUGUAUUACCUUAAAUCGUUAACGUUAAAACAAUAAUAUAAGUAAGGUUUUAUUAUUUCAUAUUUGAUUGACACAUUAUCUUCGACACCUAAUCAGUAAUUAGUAAUUGAAUUUCAGAGAGAGAAAAAGUCAUGGAUGAUUGAAUGAAUAUUAAUAAAAUAAUUAUAAUUUAAUCAUUAUAUGUAUACAUAUAAUACAGCUUUUUAAUUGAGGUAAUUAUAAUUACCUAUGUGCAUUGCGUUAUUUAUGAUAGGUGCACAGUUAAUAAUACGCCAACAAUUAUUUUCGUUAUUGAUAUAAUCGCCAUCAUAUAGAAUUAAAUUCAAAUAACUCGAAGUAACCAUUGCACACUAUUGACUUAACCAUAACCACGAGACACCCUGGUAUUGCUGUUACCUGUGUCAGCUGGACACCUGCAGUAUCUAUACUUAAGAGGACACCACACUGUUACUGGUAGGAUAUAUUUUUAGUGACUUUACUCACUAUUGAUCGUUGCGAUAUGUUUUAUGCGGUCAAAAUUUAAUUUAAUUUUUGGAACCAUUAUUAUGCGGUAUACUCGGUCACGAACUCGGUGGCCUAUAAUACCACGAGGUGGUCAUUUGGGGCCAAUGACACCCCCUUGUGCCAUGUCACAUUUUAUUCCAUUUAUAGAUUGGUAAAAAAUUUAAAUUAUUUUUUGGAUCAAUUUUUUUAUGAUAAUAUAUAAUCAUAAAAAAAAAAAAAAAAAAAAAAUGGGAAAUAGUAUUAGGUAAAUAUCAUAUUGUAUUAUAAUGUAUAGCUUAAUAUAUCUUAUGUAUCUACUGUACUUCUAAAUAUUAUUAUGCGUAUCUUUAAUAAAAUCAAAAUUUUGGAAAUUUGUUGACAACCAUUUUAAAUCGAUGCUAUCAUAUCAAAAUACCGAAAUAUCUUUAAUAAAACUGGAAAUGCGUAUCUGGAUCAAUUAAUUUUAUUGUGUUGUACUGAUGGUGUUUUUCUGAAACAUUGAAUUUCGAAUAAUAAAGGAAUUAUCAGUAUAGUGUAUUACUAUUAUUAUGAAAUUACUGAGAAAUACAAACUGAACCAUCAUGCCAAUAUAUCGAUAUAUAUAUGAUACUAUAUCGUGUAUACGUAAUAUCGUAAUAACAUCAUCAAAAAUUAUUCAGGGAUUAGGUCAACUCUCAUUACUUAUACUUAUACUUAUUACAACUUUUUUUUUUUCUGAUUUUUAGUUAUUUAUCAUGAUUCUGACUAUUUCAAAACCCUUUUUUUAAAUUCUUUCACAAUCGGUGCAUAUGAUAUCUAUACAAAUAAUAUGAUAAUAGCCCAUUCAAUUUAUAAUUUAACACAGCAACAUAAUCGUGUUUUAAAUGUUAUAUAUAACACAUCAAGACUUAAUGUAUAUAUAUGUCGUACAUAGUUUAUUUUUUUUUUUUUUAUAAUAAUGGCUUAAAUAAUUGAAACUCGUAUAUCUACACGUGAUUCAUGUUUGUAUAAUAUUGCCAUAAGAAAAGUUAAAAUAUAAUGACGCACCACGUUUUACAUAUACCUUAAAUUGGAGUUGGUCGAAAUUGAUCAAAAAUAAUAUUAUAAUACACCAAGGGUUCCCAAACUGUGCACCCAGAGUUACUGCGGCCCAUACAGAAUAAACAAUUUGUUUUUGCAGAUUUAAAUUUACAUCAGAUUAACUUUUCACUUUUAUAGACAUUUUUCUACCCUGUAUUAUUGUUUUGUAAUUUUUCAAUCAAUUAUCAAUGAAAACUAAAGUGUUUGUGCACCACAAUUGAAUCUUAAAAAAAGUGCCUAACCGUCUUCUCAACAUUUUAGGAACCGCUAUAAUAUACGAUUUUCUUAAAACAAUAAAAAUAAAUAGAAAAUUAAUAAAGCAUUUUUUUUUAAAUACGCAAUGAGGAAACACCUAACACACUUAAUUUUAAAACGAUUACUUAUGUAUUUUUAUACAAAUUAUUAUUUAGAUAAUUAUGAAUAUAACUUUAUACACAAUCAUAGGCGUCAGGUUUUGGAAUUGUUAUGGAGCUGCGCUAUGAUACACCCGUCAUUUUUAAAAACAGUCUGAAUUAAUUAAUAUAAGUGAAUUUAUUACAUCCAUUUAACAACUAAUGAAUCAAAAUUAUCAUAAAACAUUUACUUUAAGGCCUAUUUAAUAGAUUUAGAUACUUUAUUAUUAUGUUUUACCAUAUAUAGGUUAAUCAUAAUACAUACACAAUACACAUAGUUAAAAAUGUAUUUUGUAUAAAUUAUAUCAGAUUACUUUAGACUAAUUAAAAAGUUGUUUACUUUCGUACUGUUAAUAAAACUAUUAGCAACUACUGGUAGAUUAACUUCUUCAUCCUUAUGAACAUAGAGAAUUUAAGUAUCAUUUAAACUUUCUUGAAACAUUGUGGAUCUGAAAUAUGGCCUAAGUCUCUGAAGUGAACCUCUUUGCUGUAGUCCUGUAGGUAUCUACAAUAAGAUACUAGUAUUUUUAACACAUAUUCUUAAUAGUUUAUUUAAAUCUGGUAAUAAGUCACAUAAGAUUUUAUCAUUCCUAAUGUUUUUGCUAUAUCUAAAAACAUACCUCUGUGUAAUUUUAAUUUUACUUUGUCAAAAUCAGAUCCAUAAAAAUCAAUUAUGUUUGUAUUUAAAUUUUUUCCAAUAAUCAAACUUUUUAAACAUGAAAGAUACUCAAUGAAAUUUGUUGAAACUUUUCUCUUAAUGAACUUUUUGAACUUGUAAAGCGUUGAACUUUUUGUAAAAUAAUUUCCUGUAUUCAUCUUUAAUAAUUGGAAAAUAUUAUGUUUUAAUACCUUCAGUAAAACGUUUUGGGAUUGUUUUAUUCUACAUUUUGUUUAGUUUUUUAAGUCAAAUUCAAUAGAUUUAAAAUCUACUUCAUUCUAAACAUUAUUAAUACUCAAAUUUCGAUGUUUCGAUGUUCUUGAAUAAAGUCUGUACAAUUUUGGAUAUUAAAUUGUGCUUCUUGAAAACUCAAUGACACAGUUUGUACUUGGCGUCUUUUUAUGCACGAUAUGCAAUGUGCAUUAUGUACCUAUAUAAAUGUUGAAUGUUAUUUUACGGUAAAAUAUAAUCUGAUUUGAUUUGGCAUACCUAUAAAAUAUUCAAGUGAAAUUGGUUUUUGUGCUCUGGUUAGCUCGGUAAUUAUAUUAAAUUAUAACACUUAAAUAUAGCAUUAAAAAUCACGAAAAAUACCAAAUUAGUCGUUAGAAAUUAUUACUUUUGGCCAUAUUUAAUUAUAUGAUGAUAUAUAAUAGUGAGCAAUAUAAAAUGUAUUUUUUUAAAUUUAAAUUUGAGAACGGUGUCAAAGAGUAACUUUAGAAAUUUACAUUAUGUUUAAGCAUGAGCUGCAGAUACAAAAAAAAACAUACAUUUUUAUUUAGAUGCACGUUAAGUGCGUAUGCACUGUUAGCAAUAUUAUGCGAACAAUAAUAUUUAAAACAUUUUAAAAUAACAAAAUAAAAAUGUUAACAUUUAAAGUUAUUCAGUGUCAUUCCUAUGAACCUACAUUAGCAAAUAAAACUAUAAAUAGCUAUUACUCCAACUACUGAUAUUAAUAUAUUUUUAUUUAUAUAAUAUAUUUACGACUGUUAUUUUAUUCAAGCAAAGGAAGCUCAGGAAGCUAUUGUUACAAGUUACAACGAUGUGCAGGUUUUCCUUUAUCUCAGAUCUAUCGUUUUGUAAUAGCAUAAAACUAUAAGCAACUAAACACAAUAUUUAUUUGUGUUAGCAACUUUAGGAUUGUAUAUACUAAAUAGGUACCUAUCUGAAAACUAAUGGUGUUUACGAAGUGUACAUAAUUAUAAUUUUUCAAUAUUUUUCAAUAUUUUGUAUACCUACCUGAAAAUUACGAAAAACCGCAAUUAGAAGUAAAUAUAUACAAUAUGCCGAAAUUUUGAAUUUGUAUUCAAACGCACGUUUUCAAAAUCAUUAUGUAAAUAAAUAAAUAUUUGAAAUGCCUUAUUACCAGCUUUUCUGCACUAUUGGUCUUAUAUUAAUUUUAUUAUAGACUACUUAGUUAGUAUGAGAAUUAAAUUGAAUAAUUACCCGUAUAAAUGAGUAAUAGUGUAAUAUAAUUGUCGUGAGUCAUAUACAAUAACACAUACAAUAUGGAAAAACUACUGACCAGUCAGUCGUCUAAUCAGUAAGUACGACGACGUGUGAAACUGUUUUUAUUAACCGUCAUCAUUCGAAGGUACCUACUGUAAAAUAAUGAAAAAAAAAUUGUGAAUACAAUACACAUGACGAGGUAAUAUAUGGUUAAUAUUCCAGAACACACACAAAUUAUAAAACAUGCGUUGAUUAUAAUAUUAAUUAAUAUAUAAUGUGUAUACUAUUCAUAGUAAUUAAUGAUACUAUGUAGUAAGUAGAUAGCAUAAUUAAUUUUGUAAAACAUAUGAAUGAACCAUAUAGAACCCUCUCCCUACGAAAAUUAAAACUGGAAUUCGCUAACUUGUUGAAACCACUUAACUACAUCGUACCUAGAUGUUAAAAAAUAAAACCACAUAUAACAGACAAAUUUAAAAACUCCAAGAUUUCUUUUUUCGUAAUCACAUAGUAGACAUGAAAAUAUACCUGUGCCUAUAAUAUUAUUAUAAUAUUGGAUAAUUUCAUUAUUGUCACGUUGAAUAUAAUAUUAUACUUUCGAUCAUCACAAUGGGGCAGAUUUCGUUCCAACAAUAAAAACCUAUUUGAAUGUAUAGAACACGGGUAUUAAAGAGACCUCGUGUAUUCUGUCUAUUUCUCGUCGUCGGUUUCUGCAGCGUGUACAAUUAUGCGACGUGCGUAUACGAAUAUAUUCUACGUCGUUUGAUGUGCGAUGACCUCUUAUUUUUAUUGCAAUUAAUAAUUGAAAACAUUCUUGUUAUAGUGAUGCGGGGAGCUCUCGCAUAGCUUUUUUUUUAAUGUACGUAUAGCAGUACAUCCAAAGAUUAAUAUUUAAGUAUAUAUUAUACGAAAUGGCAAUGGUAUACUUUAUGAGGGUGAUUUUAAAUAAUUAAUGUUAGUAGGUAGGUACUAUAGGUACGUAUUGCAAUAUAAUUAACAAAUCAUAAUAUAUUUUUAGAAUAAUUGAAGAUGUUAUUAAAAAAGAAAGAAAAAAUUAUUAUAGGUGUAUAUCAAAUGGUUUAAACCUCCAAAACCAACACCGUAGUAUACUACUCCAAGACAGAUGAACAAGAUACUUCAAAGUGAAUAUUUAGGUAGCCUUCGCUACUAAACAAGGGUUACUAUUUCAAGAUAAUGGACACUUUUCGAAACUUAAUCGCCAUACAAGAUACGAUUUACUAACAUACGAUACUGACACACGUAUUUAAGAUACUGUCCAAAUUUGUUUGCAGGGAAAUGGUGUUUUAAAUGUACCUAUAUUGUGUACAAUGAUAAAGAUCUUGUGUGAUUUACGUGUAUAAGUGAAAGGUUUACUGCUUCAUAUAUAAACAUGGUACCUAAUUAAAUAAUUAUGUACAAGUAUACCUCUCGUUUACUCUAUACUGUAAUGAUUUAAUAUUUAUUAUUAUAUACACACGGAUAAUUAAAAAUAUUAUUACUAGGUACUUAUAUAAAUACCGAUUAUAACAAUAUUGCCAAGAGGACAGUGAUAUCUAAAAACUAAUAUUAGGACAUUAAAAAUAAUUAUGGAGUUCGAAUACGGGUACUAAAAUUUAAAGAGCGAAAUAUUUUGGCGGAUAUAGCGUUUUUUUCAGAUUUUGAACGAAUCUAGGAAUAUAUUGGUUUUAUAAUGAUGUUUAUAUUUAUAUACUUUUUUUUUUUUAUCAAUGAACAACUCUUCUACUAGACAUUUUGUUCUAAUUUUCAAGUGUAGCAUCUUUUUUCAAAGGAAAUUUUAUCUAUUUGGUACUUUAAAGAAGUCAUUUUUGAUUUUCUAAGUAGUUUUCAUUUUUUUUUUUUUUAAAAACAGACAAAUUUACGAAAUAUAUUAUUUUCAAUAAUUUUAGAUUCCGAGCUUAGCGAGGGUUUUACAAUGCUGUUUAUUUCUUAUUUUUUCUUUGUUCUAGUCUGUUUUUUCUUAGUAAACUCGCUUCAAUUUUUACGUGUAGCAACUUUUCUGAAAGCUUAAGUUGUCUAGAUGGUACUUAAAAAUGAUUUAAUCGAAAAAUCGCAAAACGUUUUUUUGAUUUAAUUUCUUAAGAUAUCAUCGUCAAAACUUUUGAGCCAAUUUUGAGCUUUUAAGUAAUUUUAAUUUGUAGAAGUUUUUUUUGCUUUAAUUCGAUUAUAAGUACACGUAGAGACUUUAAACUUGGUAGUUAUACUUAUAUUGGACUUGCCUAGACGUUGUCAAGUUUCCAAAAUUAUCGGACAACUUUUUUUUCUUUUUUUAAAACGGGUUUUGAAAUCAAAUUUAGACGAAAAUCGCAAAACAAAAUUACGGCACUUCAAAUUAUUCCGAACUUCGCUCAGAAUCGUCUUUCGUCAACAAUGGUUUAUCUUCGCUUACAGAUUUAAAUUAAAUAAUCCCAUGUAUCCAACCUUCCCCACUAUCUACCUACAACAGUGGCAGCACUCAUCUUCAGUGUCAUCUCUUUUUUUUGUGAUUCACUUAAAAAUAUUUUUAGAGGCUUGAAAUUUGGAAAGAAAACUUAUAUUUGCCUUUUAUAGACGCGAUAAAAUGUUCAAAACAUUUCAAUCAUUUUUGAAUUAUUUAUAGUUAUUUUAAUUUGGCGAGUUUUUUACAUAAUUUGUAUUAAGUUUAUACUCUGUGGAUAAAAUUGUUAAAUCAGACAGAAAUGGUUAAAAUUAACAGGAGAUUCAUUGUAAGGCGUAUUUUUUAUAUUAAAAAAUUGAGUGUGUAAAAUGUUGAAUUUUUUAUAAGAAUUUUAAUACCAAAUUUUGAUAGAAAUAAUAAAUAUAUUUAUACCGCCUUUCAAAACGUAUAUAACCAAAUUCUGUUCAGAAUCGUUUUUCGUUAGCAAUGAUUAAUCGUAUUAAUUAUAUAUUGUAACACCGAUAACUCAACAUGUAGACGAUUGAAUAUAUUUAUAGUUUUAGUUUUAAAUCCUUUAUUGUAAUUAUAAUAGUGUAGAAUAAGAAGUGUCAAUGACAACAUAUAAUAUUGUUAUAUUGUGCCUUUAAUUCACCUCCGGUUGAUUUAACAGUUGGUUUAAAACACAAUCACCUAGGUAUUUCACCUAUAUAUUUCAUCCGUUAACAAUUUGUUCCGGAAUACGAUAUCGCCUGUAGGCAAAAGCAUUACUUUAUAUAUAACCUGCAGUUCUUGUCGUUUUAGUUGGACGGAUAAACCCUUUAAGAAUCAUGAUGCUUUUUCAUUAUAUCAAUUAUAGAAGGCAAGCUGUACUAUGGCAAUUGGUGACUAUAGUAGUUGGCCAGUAAUUAUUAAAAUGUGAUCAACGUUUAUAGUAGAUUACUUUAUGGGUCAAUAGAACAACCAAUAGUUGGACUAUAGUUGUCAAUCGUUUAUACUAUAUUUAUGUAUUUAUUAUAAAUGAACGAGAUGAGCCCUUUGGUAUAGUAUGAUAUGAUACAACAUGAGUACAACAUGAUAUGUACUUACACAUAUAUAAAUUAGAAUACAAAUAGUGCUUAAUGUUUUAACUAUGCUCGCAUUAUUCUACUACUAAUAAUAAUAUUACUAUUACUAUGUAAAACCGAACGGUACAUUUUAAUUUUGAAAAAAAAAGUACCUAUACUCCAUAGUAAUCUUACAAGUUCUAAAACGCAUUAGUCAAUACCACAGUCGGAUUACGGUUUGAGGGAAAGGCGAAGAUGAUUCUAACCUAUAAACCCUAUUAACCCUGUAAAGUUUUUAAAAACUUAACUAAUACCUAAACAGUUUAGAGGAAAAAAUUAUUUAUACUGUAAUAAUUGAAAUUAAAAUUCUAAGUUUGCAUAACAUCUCGCCUAAUGGGAAAUGAUUUUUAUUGAACCACUAAAUAGGUAUAUAAUAUAAGAAAUAAGUAUACAUAGAAAAACAUAUUUUUUUUUUUUCUAUUAGGUUUAUUUGACCUUGGGUCAUUAUAAUUUGGUUAAUACGGAUUCGUCGGUAGCUAUAAAAAUCGACAAAUUAUUUACCGAUUUAUUUUGAUUAGUAGUUAAUCAACACUAUACAUUGCAUUUUGUAUCAUAUAAAUCUAAAUGAUCUAAUAACUAAUUGCUGACUUAGUUGGUGUUUACUAUUAGAACUGCAUUAGGGCAUAAGAGUCUACUGCACAAGCCUGUAAUAAUUGCAAUUGCAAAACGUUUAUCCUACAACUUGUUUUCCUUACCAUAUCGAUUUCGCAUGGAAAUUUGAGAAAGUUUCGUAUAACUAUAUAGUGCUAAUCGUAAAUAUUUACCCAAUAAAAAUUCGCCGAUAAACGAUUAAAGCUGAUAAACUAAUAAACCAUCAAUGGUGACGUAUCGUAACUUAGAGGGUGUAAUCGCACCUGGGUCCGUUCACUUUGGGGUGCCCAAAGUAAUACAAUGUUUUUCUUUUGAUAAUAUGUUAUUAAACUGAUCAUUUUGUAAAUAAUUAACUUUUCAUUAUAAUAAUUCAAAAUUACUUUAUUAUAUUGUAGUCUGUAUGAGUGAAAAUACUAUGUUUAUGAGUAAUGAGUUUGAGUAUGGUACCUUCUGUGGUGAAAACAAUAUGAUUUUAAGUUUUAUCAUUAUUGUUAAUUGUCAAACGUCGGGUUUUAUUCUUUAUUUAUAUCAAUAAUGAUAAAAUAAACGAUAAUAUGCAUAUUUAAUAAUAUGGGGGAAACUUUGAAAAUUUUGCUCCCAGGCUCAAAUUUUGAAGUUACGCCACUGAAGACGAUACCAUCGAAAACUACUGCAUAAUGUGAUAUCACAAAUAGUUAAAAAGCGUCAACGUUAUAUUUCUUUUAAAAUAACUACUUAUUAUUUUUAAUUAUCUUGGCUUUCUGGUUUGUCAUAAUUUGAUCGUUUUUCAUCUAUCUAAUAAAUAGUUUAUUUAAGAUAAUAUGACUUUAGUCUUUGAGAUUUGAAGUACGUCUUGACAGUAUUAUUCUUUGAUCGGCUCUUGUAUAAAGAAGCAAGCCGAAACAAAUACCCAACAACAAUAAUAAUAUGGCACUUUGACCAUAGGGAUUUUUCGUAUACGUCGAAUCUAUUGAUGACAACAAUAGCUUAACUGCAGAGUCCUCCUAACUUCGCACGAUUUCAUUAACAUCAAACGUGGUCAUCCGUAACGCUUAAAAAUUGUUAGACAAACGAUUUCACUGACCGACGGCAUUCCAACACCAUAACAGGGUAAUAAACUUCGAGGGCUACCUACAUACAUUUUCUCUGGGAAUUCUUUACCGCCCAUCAACAACCAACAUAUGUCCCAAGAUUUAUUCCAUUGUCUUCGUCAAACCUCCGAAUUCAAUUACUAUAAACCUAACGUGGCCACGUUAUUAAUCCAUCGUUAGAGUUCCGGACGUCUUAUUUUUAAAAAAACAUAAUAAACACGACUAACGUUCUAAAUAAUAAAGAACAAUUAUUAUAUCCAAGUACCUAUAUUGACAGUUUCACUUUUAUUAUCGACCCUGUCUUUAUUUUCCCGUCUCACCAACUUAGAUAAAUAUAAUUAGAAUUAUGAUAUAGAUACUUAAUUUAAAUUGUAUAAUAUUAUAUUAUAUCGGAAUUUAUUAUCGUUUGAACUACUAUUUUGACGCGUCUUAAAACAAAUUUUAUUAAGUUUAUAGAAGUCAUAACAAUAUUAUGUCCAAACGAUUAUACAUUACAGUAUAUUUAUUGUAUCCGUAAAAUUAAUGUAUACUUAUAUAUUAUGGUAGUCUUAUCGUAACUAUCAAUAUUAUUGUUUCUCGAUCGGUAAAAUAUGGCGACAUAGUCGCCCUUGGCAAUUCGCAUUGUCUCACUAAAUCAUAUUCGUGACUUAACACGUUUUUUCAUUCGAAUCCAACCCUGCGUUGUUUGCUCAUCGAACGCACAUAUAAUAUUAUAACAGAUAAAAUAACAGCUCUGUCAUUUUUUUAAAAAAAUCAACACAGGGUCAUUUUAAAAAGUUAAAAUUAUACUCGUUCAGACCAGAUUUCGUACCAAGUUUUAUUCUAUUCCAGUGUCUGAGUAGGUAGGUGCAUAGUGUAAAAACUCGUUUUGCAUCUCAUUUAUUGAUCUCAAAUUGAUGCACUGCGUGUGUAUUCACAAUCUUGAACGUCGUUAUUCAUUAAUAAAUUGUCUCAACAAAUUAUUAUCGUUCAUUAUACUAUGUAUCAUUAGGUACUAUCAGUAUACGUAUAUCGUAAUGAAUAUGUACCUGUAUAAAGUUAAAUAUUUAAUAGAAAUAAGUGCAAACAACCCAAAUAUUUUUUUUUGGACUUAAGCCAUGAUUAUAUUGAAUAAUAUUGUAUAUUGUGUAUAUUUGGUAUUCACUUGAUAAGAAAUUUAUUUAGGAAGGAGGGCUAACCCCCCAAACUCCCAAAAUGAAUUGCAGAAAUUUAUUAUGAUUAUGAUAAUUUGUAUGUCUUAACGUAAUAAAUGUUUUUUUAUGAAAAUUUUAGUUCAUAAAAAUAAAAAUGUUUACAUUUUUCAAUGCAAAUCAAAUUUCCGUGCAUAUUUUGAUGUAAUAAUUUAUCAAUUCUCAGAUUAUUAUACUUCUUUUACCAACGUUACGAAGAUUUCUGUAUAUAAACAAUAACUAUAACUCUGUAAAGUGUAUUUUUUAAAUUAAUUUUUAACCAUUAUUUAUAUUACAGGUUUGACAUGUGUGUCUUCGAAUUCACCAGACAACGAUCAUUCAUUCGGUUACGAUUCAGGAGAGCUCGGUAAGAAUUUAAUAAAGCAUAAUAUAUUUUAAAAAAUUAAUUCUCUACAAGAAAACCACCAAAUCACAUAAAUUCUUACAAAUUGAAAACGGGUUAACUGCCAAGACAUUUUUACUUUAAAAUAAUCAUAUUACACCUACAAUUCAUUGAAUACGCAAAUCUCGUAAUAGGCCACACUUUAUAGAUGCACGUACAUACGAUUUUCCGUGGCCUCGAAUACAAAAAUUUGUUGUUAAAUUUUUAUCAUUUUUCAAUAUUAUCUAUUGAAAAAUAAUAAAAAUAAAAAAAUUCACUUUUUAAUUAUUUCCCAGUGACCUAUUCACCACUGUACUUAUUAAAUUUCUUGAAUGGCGAAUACUGUGAUUUAUGUAGCAGUAACCUGUAUAUAGUAUACAUGAUGAUAAUUUAUCUAUAUUAGAUCGACAUAACUGAAAUAUAUUAUUAUUAAUAGACAAUUAUUAAUUAUCUACAAGUCCAGAGUUGAAUAGUAUGUAUAGAAAAUCAAAUAAAUACACGUUAAAAUGGAAACUGACACGUGUCGCAUUGUUUGGCUUGUAGGUAAAAUAUUUUUAGACAACAUAAUAGGAGGUAUACCUAAUACCUAUAGUCUAUACUAAUAAUUUCGCAAUAAUUAUUAUAAUGUAGAUAUUGUAAAUAUCAAAUAGAUUGUAGAUUACGUACAAAUCGCAUUUUGAAUUAAUUAGAUACGCCAUCAAUAAACCUUGAUUGAACAUAUUACGAAUAUAUUGGCCACGCACAUUGAAAGUAGUCUCGGUUAUAGUUUUAAAUAUUAAAUUGAAUUAAUACAUUAGUUAACUUCAUCCUUAAAUUCUUGAUCGCCAAAACUAAAUCUAAUAUCGUAUUAUUGUACCAACUCAAAUAUUUACUCGUAUACAUUUAUAUUUAAUUUUUAAGGCGAUAUUUUGCAUUAUUCUGUUAAAGAAACGAGCAUUUCAUAUUAAGGGGCCUGGUGCCAGCGCAUUUUUUGGCUCAAAAACAUGCCUUACGAGACAAUUUCUCUAUGCCUCGUAAAGUAGUCCGAUUAUGAUUACUUUUAUGUUAUAAAGAAAAAGACUUCCUACAGACUAAAUUAAACACUGUAUUUCAGUGUUUUCAUGUCGAACUUUUUAGAGCGGUCAAAUUUUAACUUUUUUUUUAUCAAUAUAUUUAUACUAUUAUUUGAAAUCAAAUGAAAAAUCGAGAAUAUUGUUUUAUCAAUUAAAAACAAAAAUAUGUAUAAUAAAAAUAAUAUGUUUUCAAUGAGAUAUUCCUGCACGGCCAUACCGACCCUUCCCCUAAAUGGGUUCUAGAAAUCUGGUAGUAAAUUAGUAGAAAAAUCUUUUAAGUGGUAAUUUAACUGUUAAAAAUAUUUUAAAAUUUACAAAAUUUGAAAAUAAUUGCAAAACUGGCACCUGGCGCCUUAAUAUUAAUAUGUGUAUAUAAUCUGUAUGGUAAUUAUAACACAGAUACGCAUAUAAUGUAUUUGACGAUAAAUUUGUUUUUUAACAAAACUGUUUCAUUAGAGGGAAAAAAUAUACGUACCAUAUAAAAUAUCAUAACUUGUGUAACUCAAAUUAUUAGAAAUACUUAAUUUUAGAUUCUGAGUAAACCAAGUCAAUCUGAUUAGUUUUGUGUUCUGAUUACCAGAACUAUAUAUUAAAAAAUUUGUUACCUGUCAAUUUCAGAGUAAGGAUGUUGUUUUUCUUUACCAAAAAAUAGAAUAUUUAGUUCCUUUAAAACAACAAGGUGAUUUAUAUUUAUUUUUACUAUCAAAUUGUAACCGAAUUAUUAGGUACUCGUAUAAGAAGAUCUGUAACAAUAUAUACAUAUUUCGCGGUGUCUAAUUAAAAAACGCCCCGGGUUAUUGUUUAUAGAAUAUAGUCUUCUAAAUAACGACCUUGUUCAUUAUUUAUAAUAUGAGCUAAAACUUAAAAUAACUAAUUUAUGUUAUUUGUAAUAGACUAUAGGGCUUUUUGCCAUGUUAUAAUAAAUUACAAAUGGUUGGAUCGUUCGCUAAAUUAAAUUCCUACACCUAGAAUAUUGUUAAAUAUAAUAAUUAAACCCGGAUUGUAAGGUAUUUGUAUUCACUGCGUCUAGGCAGGUUAGGUUAGAUUAUAUAUACAAUUGUAUUUUACUUUAAAACCGACUUAUUAAGUGAUCAAAACAAAUUAAUAACAAUAUUUUAAUUACCUACCUAAGACAGACGAUUCAAAUUUGCACAAUUAUUUAUUAAAAUAAUUAAUUAAUUAAUACUUCAAAAUACACAACAAAAACAAAUUUGCAGAGUUUUACUUAUAAAUUAUAAUACAGGUAUAUUAUGAUAUGAAAUACAAGGUAAAAAAAGAAAAAAAGAACUGAUAAUGCUGAUACUUAGCAGGUGUUCCACUGUUGUAGGUAGGAUGGUGAAAAAUAGAGAAGAUUAUAUAUAUAGAACGAAUUAAGUUAUAUCUGUACUCAAUGAUAAAUCAUUGCUAAUAAAAAACGAUUCUGAGAAAAGUCCGGCUAGUCAUUUUUUAAAAUGCCACGGUUUUUAGAAUUUUCAUAAAAAAUUCGAACUUAUAGGCUUAAAAACCGAUAUUAUUUCUUCUAGCCACUCAUACAACUUAUGAUGAACAUAUAUUUUCGUAUAAACAAAAAAAAAAAAAGACAAUUUUAAAUGGCUCAAUAAUUUUCUAAAUGCUUUGAAAUUUAACCUCGAUCAGGGAGGAGAAUUCGGUAAAAAGGCCUGGUCUCUCUAUGAAGUAUAAUUAUUUUUAAAUGAAUUACAACAAAAAAAUAAAAUUGAAAAUAACCUCAUCCGUUAUUUUGUAAAUUUCCCGUUUUUUUUUUUUUUUUUAUCAAUUAUUAAGAAAAACUAUUCGAAAAUCAAAAAAUGACGAAUCUCCAACUGAUGAUUUACACCAACCAGAAAAAGUUAUUACCACAAACUACCCCUGAAUUUAAUUAAUGAACAAGAUUUCUGCUAGAAAAGUUGUUGGCAAAAAAAAUAAACAGUAAAACUAAUACAUUCCUCCUUACAUUCAGAAUCUAAUGAACACCACGAUUACACAAACUUGUGUUCCAUAGUGUAGUAGGUAACUUAAUGAUUCAUCAUUAUUAGUAAAACAUAGAAAUUACUAUAAUACUAGUAGUUUAAAAGUACAAUAUUGAAUUAUAAACUAUUAACACAUUUGUGUAAUAAUCUAUACACACAUCUAUCAUUUUGAACAAUACGUCAAUAAUUUAAGUAUACGUGAAAUAAUAAGUUGACGCGCAAAUCUUGUACUACAUUGCGAAAAAAAAAUUACAAUAAUACAAUUACUUCAUCUAAAUAACAUAAUAAAAAAGAAAAACCCAAUUUGAAAAUUUACGAUCUUAUACAACUAAAAACGAUUCUAGUUAUAGGUAAGUAGGUACCUAUUAUCAUGACUUAAGCAAAAUCCAAGAUUACAUUUAUUUAGAAUAUUCGAAAUUGUAAUUGCUGGUUCAUGAUUAAAAAAAAAUCAACCUUGUAUUAUGUACUGUAAUUUAAUAUCAUUACAACAAUAUUAUAGGUAUAUAUGAUAGGUACCAUCAUUAUAAAAUUAAAAUUACACAAUUUGAAUGAAUAUUUGUAUUUGUAAUUUUUUUUUUAAUUGUGUCAAUCAUAACACAUCCAUUAAACCCGCGAUAGUAGUUGGAUGGCCUUAAUAGAAUAAUAUUUGUAUAGGGAAAUAUUCAAAGACCACAGACGGCUGAAAAUAAAUUUAUUAUAGAUUCAUUUAUAAUCGCAUAUACAUUAUUAUAUUAUCAUCGUAUUUCUUACUAGUUGACGCUAUUAUAUAUAUAAUAGUGGUGUACUAAUGACCGCAAUAUCGCAUAAGUACACAGGUAGUAAUUUAGUAAUUCCUACUUUGAUCGCAUGUAACCAAUAAAAUCAUAAAUCAUAAUUAUAAUUCAGUUUUCAAGUCAUCCUCAUUGUAAAAGAGAAUAAGGAUAUUUAUAUCCUUAAUUUGAAAAUUUAUAAUAUGUUAAAUAUACAAUAAUUAUUAUUAUUGUUAGUAGAACAUAAACCAAUUCAAUGGAAUAUAUAGUUAGAGGUGCAUGUGUAGUUUUUAGGAUUUUCUAAAAAAUUAAACUUACCUAUAAAUACCUAUAGGUACUUAUUAUUUUAGAAUUAGGUACCUAUAUGUAUAAAAUGAAUACAUAAUUAUGUAUUCGGAAUAAUUGAAUAGGUUUUAUCAUUAUUAUUGAAGGUGGAAAAAAAUAUUAAAUAUGAACGGAUAUUAAAAUAUACAAAUACAAUAAUAAUAUAUUGUAAUUAUAAUAAUAGUUCACUAACUCACUUGAAGUUUGAACUAUGGUUUUUGACCAAGUGAAAGUAGUAGAAAUCCUUUUCAAAAUUCAUUUAAUUUUUAAUAAAUUGCAUAGAUACCUCUGAAACCAGUGGUUCCCAAUCUGGGAAUAAAUACCCCCUAGGGGUAAAACAGGAUUUUUUGAGGGAUAAAGAUAAAACUGAAUUUUUUUUAUUGGAUGUUCUAUGUAUUAUUGUUAAUUAUACCUAUAAAAUCAUUUUAUUUAUUAUCCUACUUAUAAAAAUAUUUGAAAUUUGUAAUGUAAAUUACGACAUUUUAAUAGCUAUUCUACGCAGUAUUAUUAGAACACUAAGUGUUUAAUAUUAUAACUCGAGUCGUAUUUCAAAUAUUUAUUAUAACAAUUUAUCUAUAAUAUGAACUAAUGCUGGCAGUUCCUUUUAGUCUCAACUUAGAUUUCUUAAAAUUAUUUUUUUUAUAGCGUUCGUACAUCGACAAUUUGUAUAAAUAAUCGACAAUUUCUUCAUAAUGGGCAAUCUGAUAAAACGGCAAAUAUCUUAUUAUUACAAAAUUAUAUCAAUACCUUAUAGUUCGCAACUGUUAGUCGUGAUCAGUAUUUCGUAAGACAUUAAUUAUUUCGGAAAAUAUUGAAAAAUAUGUGUAGGUACUUUUGAUUAUCAAAUGGCAACCUAUAAUAAACGUUCCAAGAAAAUAAUAUGAAUUUUUACUUUAAAUAGUUCGCCAACGAGUUGGUUGUAAUUAGAAAUUUCAACACCAAGUUUAGUUCAACUAAAACUUCAUCUCUGUGUUUAUAGAAUUUUUAAUUAUUCAAUAAUAUUCAAAAAUGUAUACAAGCAUGUAAAAUAUUAUUUUAAAUAAAACAUUUCACAAAAAUGUGAAAUAUUGAAUUUGUGAAUUGUUAAUUUUACCAUAAUACUUAAUAAUAAUUAUGUUUUAUAAUAUAUUAUAAUUAUUUAAUUUAUAAUAACAAUUAUUUUUGUUUAAGAUCCACUGCAUUGGGCUACUGAAUACAAAACAUGCUCAGGAAAAUAUCAAUCGCCGAUUGACAUCGAAGAAAAGCUUGUAACAAAAGUUAAUUUACCACUUUUGCGUUUUCACAAUAUCGACAUAUUUCCAACAUCAACAAACAUAACGAACAACGGACACACAGGUAAUAUAUUUAUUUAUAUCAAACUAAUGUUAGUAUAUCCAAUUAUUUAAAAUAUUCACUAAAGUAUGACCGCUAAGUACUAUAUACGAUUAAUGGAAAAAACAAUAUUGUUCUAAUUUUUUUAUCCGUAGUAUAUACUACAAUAAUUUGAAAAAAAAAUCCAUAAUCAUUCGCUAAAUUUAAUUUAUGUGAAAAAAUAAUGUUUAAAACAGUGUUCACGGUAGGUAUGAAGAAUUAAACUCUAGAUAAACAUUAAACCAACAUACCUAUAGGUAUUAUUAUAACUAUAUACAUUUAGUUAUUCUACUGAAGAUUUUAUUAAACUAUCCAACAUGAUAUAUGUCAGGUUAAAGGCGUAUUUUUAGAUUUUUAUUUAAGAUUUAAAAAAUGAAGUAGGUAGGUACCUAUAUUUAAUACGUACCUGUAGUAGACUGUACAUCUUUCCCCCCUUCAUGAUUGCCAGAUUGACCUUGGUUAUAACUUAUAUAGCAUCAUCUGGCGUACCACACAUUCCUUAUGAUGUCUGGUAGGUAACUCAUCAAAAUUACUUACAUAUUAUUGAAUUCAUUGUGGUGCCUAAGAUGAAUAUUGAAUAAAAGAUGGAUUUGUUCUGGCAAAAGGAACUACCAAAGUGAAUAUUUCGAUGUUUAGCAAUACCUAAUAUUAUUUAUUUUUCUAUUUAUAUAAUUUUCAAAAGUGUCAAUUUAUAGAUGCCUCUUUUUUAAACGACAUUUUAUUAAAAUUAUAUCAUUGUCUGGGGGCUUUCUGGACUGUCCCCUCCCGGAAAUCCACCACUGACCUAAUCUAUUAUUAUAUAACGUUGUCAAUAGUACAAAACGAACUUAUUUUUUUAACCAUAUUGUUUGACAAUCAAAAUUGAAGUCUCUCUUCGAUGAAAUAUCCUUGCUACGACACUAUAUUAUUCUUCUUAGCCUAUUUUUUUUUGAAAAUAUAAAUAAUUUACCUAUAGUUUAUUAGGUUUAAUUCAUAACACAUAAAAUAAAAAUUUAAAUUAACUGAACAAAUAGGUAUGUUAUAACAAAGCCAAUAAUGUAAUUAUUCUACCAAGGGGGCACUUUUUCUGAAAUUAUGGGGGGAAGAGGUUAUGCCAGUUAUUACUGUUUAAUAAUAUUAACAGGUUUAUGGUCUUACGUGUGACCUAAAUUUAAUAUAUGCCUAUAGCCUAUAGGUAUAUUAGGUAUAUGGGGUGUCUUACAAUGUUAUCCAAAUGAUAAUAACUGUAAAUAUUCAUUUUUUUUUUUUAGUCGAGUUUUGUGAAUACAUUAAAGCCGCUAUAACUAAGAAACAAUCGGAUAUGAAUAUAUGAUACAUUAAAACUUUUUAAAAAUGUAUAAAGUGAACAAAUACAAUUUUUUUUUAGCGAUUAAGGAAUGAAAAUACAAAUUUAAUUUUAUUUACAUUCGUGUCCCCCUGACACAAAACCCGAUUGAAAAUAAAAAUAAAUAUUGAUUAAGUUAUUAGUAUCCGGUAACAUUGCGUAGAACACUCUGUAUAUUAUCUCUGUAACAAUUAUAUACCUAUGUAUCUUAUUUGUUGAAUCAUGUAUUUUUCAUAGAUAUAUAAUAUAUGAUAUAUAAUUAUGUUUACAGUGGUAGUAUUAUCAAAUUACACAACUCCAGUAAUGAUUAGUGGAGGUCCUCUAACUCCAUUCUAUAGAUUCACGCAGUUCCAUUUUCAUUGGGGCGUCAAUGACUCAACAGGUAGUGAAGAUCUCAUCAACAACCACAGGUAAAAUUAAAAAUUUGAAUAAAUUAACAUGGUACUAAUAAUUAAGUUAAGUUAUAAAUUAAAAUUGUGUGUUAAAUAAAUUAAAUUAAAUUCAUAAAUAAAAAAUCUGAUACUGCUAAUGGAUGUGCCACUGUUGUAAGGAGAAAGUUGAGAAGGUAAGAUACAUUAAGUAUUUAAUUUAUAUCUGCAAGCAACGAUAUACCAUUGCUAACAAAAUAUGAUUCUUUACGAAUGAAGUUAUCAUAUAUGUUUAGAAAUGCCUUAAUAUUUACGAUUUUCGUCAAAAUUUGAUCAUAAAACUAUUAUAUAUAUAUAAAAAAAAAAAAAAUACUAGAUUACGCUCAAAUUAAUUCUUUACCAUUAAGUGCAACUUAUAAUGAACCUCAUGUUAAAUUUUCAAAUAUUUCCGUUUGUUCAAACAAUUUUAUUCACAGAAUACUUACCAAAUAAAAACUACUUAAUCAAAUUCGCCAACAUAAAAUGCUAAUAAAUAGCUUUCAAAUAAAAAAUGUUUUUAAAUUUUACCACAUCUAUAAAAAACAAAUAUGAAUAUUCGUUGAAAAUGUUAACUCUCUACGAUAAUUUUUAACUGGUCCACGAUAAAAAACCAAAAUCAAAAAUAACAAUAAUAUUAAUGCUGUGAUCUUCCCCGUAUUUUCUACGGUUUUUCAAGGUUAUUCCCAAUUAUUAUGAAAACUGGUUGGUAAAUCAAAACAUAAUUUUAUUACUCGCCAACAAGAUUCAAAUGCAACAAAAAGGUCUCUUUGUUAUUUUUUUGAUUUGAGCACGAUUUUUAAUAGACGAGUUGUUUACAGAAAAAAAAAAAAUGUUUUUUUUUUUUCUAACACACAUUGUAGUAAAACCAUUAGAUCCCUCACCAUACUCAGAAUAUAAAAUAAAUAUAAUUAGGUAUAUAGGUAUGACAAAACAAAUAAUAGACUUUAAGAGAAAUGUAUUUCCACAAACAGUAAACAAUGUGCAUAUUGCAUAUCUAUAACACAAUUAUAAAUUAUGUUCAAUUAAUUUGUAUUUAAUUGUUUAAUUGUUGGUAUUAUUUUAUUUUUAUAGUUUUCCAAUGGAGUUACAUAUGGUGUUUACAAAUACAGACUAUGACAACGACACUAUAGCCUUAACAAAAAAUGAUGGAUUGGUAGUUUUGGCUUCGUUCUUUGAAGUAACUGAAGAAGACAAUCCAAUAUAUGAAGAAAUUGUUGACACAUUGAAUAAAAUUAAUUUGCCUGAUAAUACAGCAAUAUUACCGGUCGGAUUAACUAUUAGAUCUAUAUUACCAGAAUCAACUGAACACUAUUUCACAUACAAAGGUUCUUUAACUACACCACCAUGCUUAGAAGUUGUCACAUGGAUAGAUUUUAAACAUCCAAUUAGACUAUCCCACAAACAGGUAUCUAAUUAAUUAGUGUAAAACGAAUCACUACAGACCUAUAUUUUAUACAAGUUAAAUUAUUCAAAUUUUACAUAUUAUUUUGAAAUUUUUAUAAUUGGUAUGCAGUUCUGUAUAUAUUAUGCACUAUGCAGUGUCUACCUAACUGCUUUAUACUGAACUAAAAUAUUUUCUAGGUACAUACCUAUUAAUACUUACUUGAUAUUAUUAUGUAUAACUACUAUUUUUGUAUUACAUCGAUUUGUUUAGUGAUACCUAAUGAUUCUAAUAUUCUUGAUUUUUUACAGAUCCAAGCUUUCCGUACAUUGCGUUCGAAACAUGGACCAUUAACGCAUAAUGCUCGGCCCGUACAAGAGUUAUCCGGACGACCUGUGUGGUAUAAUGUAGGUGGGUAUGCGACAUUGAACACGCCAAUUGAUGAAUCAAACAACGGUGUCACAUUCGGUUUUGCCAUAUCCAACAUUGUAGUGUUAUUGUGUUGCAUAUUUGCUACUCUAAGCACGGUGCUCUGAUUCUUCUGUUUUAAAAAAUUGCAAUUGUCGGUAGUGCUUUGUAAAAUCGUGAACCAUGAAAAUGAUAUUAAUAAUACUAUACUGACUAUACUAUAAAUAACAAUGGUAUAGUUCUAUAUGCAUUAUAUAUAUUUUUAUGUAAACAAUUUUGUGUAUAAGUCACGGUUUAAGGCAUUUUAAACCAUGGUAUAAGUAUAAUUGUACAAUGCUGCAAUUAGAUAUAGGGAUAUUAGUUAUUAUGAAAUCAAAAAUUCAUAAUAUCUAAUUAAAACUUAUAGGUAAAACAAUCUAGCCUAACAUUAGGCUCUAACCAAAGGUUUGAUGUACCACCCACUCCCUCCACACACAUCUACGAUAAUUGCAGCAUUGUAAUAACUAUAUAUGUAAUAGAUCUCAACAAUUUAUAAGUUUUAAACAAUUUGUGUGUUUUAAUUCUAUUUUAACAAAGCAAUUUUUUAAUUUUAAUAUUAUUUUUCAUAAAAAUUAUAUAUUAAGAUUUCUUUCUAACGAUAAUUUUCAUACAUACUAUUUUAGAUUUUUUAAGAUUUAUUUGGCUAUUUACAGUUGUUAUUAUUUUCACAAAUAGGUAGAGAGCAUGCACUAAGACAAUUUUAAAACUGCACAUCUUGUUUCAAAGCAAUAGUUGAAAAAUUCAAAGGGGUCCAACAUUUUCUUUUAAUCAAUUAAAUAAUACAUUUUUUUAUAUAGGUACUAACAAAUGUUUUAUUUUGAAAAAAUAUUGAAGGGCAGACCCUGAAUCUUCCUCCCCCCCGCUAUAGCCUUGUCUAGUUUAUUUCCCCCUACAUAAUGAACAACAUUUUCCAAUCAAUUUGCUUACUAAUAUCCUCAUUACGCUUAAUACUUCAAAUGUCUUUAUUUUACAACAACUACCUUUACUUAAUAUAUUUUUCUAAACAAUAUUUCCUUUAUAUUUUUCUUCAAACAAAUUAUUGAUAAAUUCAUAUAUGUAUUUAUUUAUAUAUCUUAUCGAUUAAAAUUCUAUAAUAUUUAACUUCAAAAUAAGGAUGAAAUAUUUGUUUAUUAUUUUUAUUUUUUUAUAUGACAACUUCUUCAUCACUCUUUAAAAAUUGGUUAUUUUUAUUUGGAGCUUCAGAAAAUACGCACCAUUAAAAUACUCUUCAGCCUUUUUUCUCAUAAUUAAAGUUCAUAAUAUUUUUUAAAAACUGCACAAUAUUUCAUUUAGAACAGCACAUUUCAUGUAAAACUGCACAUUACUAAAGGUACUAAUGCAGUUUGUAUUAUUGUUGAACAAAAUCUUUUGAAUUUAUUGCAUUACCUAUAAUUUUUCUUCAACAAAAAUAAAAAUAAUAUAUUGUUAAUCUAUUAUUAUUUACUUUAUACCUAAAUAUGUUAUUUUAUAAAUAACAAAUUUUUACUAUAAUUUUUUUUUUUUUUUUUAUGUUUUAAUUAAUUAAUUAAUAUGACAUAACAAUUAUCUUAUGUUCCAAUAAAUAAAAAUAUAUAGGAUUAUUUAUCUCUGUGUAAUUGAGAAAUCCCACAGAGAGAGUAUUAAUUGCCUAUAGAAGGGAUAUUACAAAACUAUAGAUAUGUAUAAUCUUUAGUGGAGCUUUCUUUUUUAUAAGCACGCAUAGCAAGUUAUGUUUAAUAUAUCUACCAGUUUAUAGUGAAACAGUAAUAUAUAAAGUAAACUGAGUUCUUCAUUAGGGUUUUCUAUAUGAAAUUCAAUACCUACAUACCUACUUAAUUUUAUUUUUGUGAAUUUAAGAGGGAGGAGUAAUCCACUAGCUAUUACAGUUAGUUAUUCUUGAACUUCAAAUUUAAUGGACAUUGUAGUUGUAUAAUUGUAUAAAUUUAAUAGACCUGGAAUGUAAAUUCAUUUUUGAGAAUUAUUUUUAGAAUAAUAUAUUUAUAUUCAAACAUUAAAUAUUCAGUUUGGUAGUGUACCUAAUUGUUUUUGUUGUAUCAAUCACUAUUUAAAUUGUAUUGGAACUCCUAGAAUACAUAUUUUGUUGAACAAAUUUUUAAAUUAUUAUAAUUAAUAAAUAAAUAAAAUAAACUGACAUAAGAUUACCAGAACAUUUCUUUAAAAAUAAAUCAGUAUGUCUUUUAAUAAUUUACUUUAUAGGACCAGUGCGCCAUUGUCCGCAUAUAAUUCAAGGAGAAGAAGCUUAUUUUAUUCGUAAUAAUAUGACAUGUAAUUGUAAUUGUAGUUGUAAAUAUAAUUAUUAUAAUUAGAAAUAUUAUUAGAUAAUAAAAGAGGUAUUACUUAAUUAACUUUUAAUAAACUUAUAGGUUGGUUUACAGCUUCAUUUCUCCAUUUUAAACAGUUAUUCACAAUUUGUUAUAUAGCUUCAGGCGCCUGCAUCUUUUUUGAUUUAUCAAAUUAUGAGGUCGUCCUGGUGGUUUUUUCCCGUCUAUUAUUUUAUUGUAUAACCCAAGUGUAUGUCUCACCACUACAGUAGUUAUAUACUUUUUUCCAAGUUUCGCUCUAUCUAACUUAUAUUUUGCAUGUUCCUCAUUUCCUUUUUUGUUUUUCUUUCAGCUUCAUUCACAACCCAAGUCCUUUUAUUAAAAUAAGGCUUCAUACAAAUAUUUUUUAAAAUUUCUUCUUAAUGUUGAACCUCACCACAACCCAUUAUUUGUAUUAUUUUAUCUAUCAAGUAUUUGUAAAAUUAUUAUUGUGAAUUGUGAUAUUAUAGUAAAACUUUCCUUAUUAAAUUAUAUAGGAAGGUAUCUUUGUAAACAUUUCUUCCAUCAUACUCAUCAUAAAACACCACCGCACUCCAUUGCUUUAUAAUAAAACAUCUUAAAAUACAUAAACAUUGAUAAUAAAUACCCUCUUGGUUCUUACAAAUUUUUUGAAUAGGUACCUACUAUUAUGAAAAUUGACAAUUAAUUUUGAUAAUACCCUAAUUUUAGUUAAAUUUAAAAAUUAUUAAUUAAUAAUUAUUUAUUUGAAUGUAAUAAAAUAUUGCCAUAAACAAGAGAACAAAUGUAAGUAGAAAAUAUAUACCUACUUACAUUUUUUUAUUUGCAUAUUUAAUAUAGAGCUUAUAUAUUGCUUAUGUAACUAUCUAUUCAAAAACAAAAUUAAAAUAUACUACAGUUUGUGUUUAAUUUAGAAAUCUAAUGCAUAUUGAUUUUAUUUUAAAUUGUUAUACAUAAGUGUAGAUCCAAUCCAUGUCAUUGAGAACGUUUUGUGAAAUUAAAAAGAUAUUAUUAUGGUUAUUAUUAUUAUUAUUAUAUCACAAAAAUGUACGUUAUAUUAAUUUGAAUAAAAAAAUAUUAGAUAA